AUGAGCUCGCGCUUCAAGUCUCUAGGCUUCGGUUCCAAACGAAAGAGCAGCGCCAACAUCCAAUCCGCCUCAACCACUUCCACGUCGGUCGCUUCACCCAACGGCUCCAUCUCGAACGCCACGACUCCUCCCCCUCCUCAAAACUCCUCGCAAACCAGUCUGCCGCCCAUGAAUCCCAACCAGCCAGGCGCGCCUGGACGUCCUCCCAGCUACCAGUACAACACCGUCCAGGGACGUCCUCAGUCGCCAAUGCCACCUGCUCAGAACCAAAUGGCUCACCACCCUGCUCCCAUCGAUACCAGGGCCGGUGCUUAUGUUGGCGGUGCCCCUCAGUUGGGUCCACCUCAACCCCCAGGGUAUGGCGGUGCAUACGGGCAUCAGACUAUCGGUCCACAACCGGGCAUCCAACAUAUGGCCAAUCAAUACCCGCCGGGUGCUCGUCCCGCAGAAGUUGAGGGUGCAGGGAGGAGCAAGGCCCAGCUGAUUGUUGGCAUCGAUUUUGGCACCACUUUCUCGGGUGUGGCAUUCGCCUUCGCGACAAACACGGAAGCAAAAGAAGAUAUAAUAACAGAAUGGCCAGGUGCGGGCAAUCAAACAAAACAAAAGAAAGUUGUCGGCUGGGGUCCAGACAUUGCGGACGCCCUAGCUCCCACAGGUUAUCCCAAACCAGGCGUGCAAAAGGUCGAAUGGUUCAAACUGCAACUCAUGCUCUCAGGCAACACUUACAUAGACCCUAUUAACCUGCCUCCUCUACCACCUGGGAAGUCCGAAAUCGAUGUGGCAGCUGAUUAUCUCUUCAAACUUCGGCAAGCCAUGAGAGUCCAGUUGCAAAAGACAUUGGGUGAGGUCUUCAACAGAGAAGAGCGGAAUAUCCGAUACUUUCUGACCGUGCCCGCUAUCUGGAACGAUGCUGGCAAAGCAGCCACCAGGGCGGCAGCCAUUCAAGCCGGAUUCAUUCGUGAUGAGAACGACAACCGACUAACGCUCAUUACCGAACCCGAAGCCGCAGCCAUGUUCUGUUCCAAGACUGGCCUCCUCAACCUCAAGAUUCAUGAUGCGGUCCUGAUCGUAGAUUGCGGCGGUGGCACCGUUGAUCUGAUUGCAUAUGAGGUCGAAGAAGAAACUCCCUUCACUGUUGCCGAAUGUACGGCCGGAAGCGGCGACUCCUGCGGUUCUACUGCUCUCAACCGAAACUUUUCCAACAUCUUGCGCGCAAAGAUCAGGAAGAUGAAGUUGCCUGAUGGAUCGAAAACCGCCGGCCGAGUAUACGCCAAGUGCAUUAUGGACUUUGAAAACAGAAUAAAGGCAGAUUUCCGCAACAACGGUCAGAAAUGGGCCGUCGACGUUGGUAUCGAGGCUGAGUUCCCCGAAGCCGGCAUUGAAGAGGGCUACAUGACGUUCACCAAUGAGGAAAUCCUUCAAUGCUUCGAACCCGUGGUCAACAGGAUCCUGGAGCUUGUUCGCAACCAAAUUAUCGCUAUCCAAGCGCAGAACAGAUCGUUACAGAAUGUUCUUGUGGUGGGUGGGUUUGGUGCAUCCGAGUAUCUCUUCCAGCAGAUCAAGCUGCAUGUUCCCCCUCAGUUCCAAUCUAAAGUCGUCAGACCCAUGGAUUCGGUGGCUGCAAUUGUCAAAGGCGCCGUCACGGCAGGUAUCACUGAGCGCGUCAUCACCUCCCGCGUUGCGAGACGACAUUAUCUCAUGGCGACCCUUCAACCAUUCAAAGAAGGUCACCAUCCUGAACAAUAUCGCGUGCCCAGCCUUGACGGCAAGGAUCGGUGUAAAUAUACAAGACAGAUCUUCGUUCAGAAGGGCGAGAGAGUCAAGAUUGGUGAGCCGGUCAAAGUCUCGUUCUUCAGACAAGUCGCACCUGGGGCAACAUUGAUGUACGAAGACAUUCUUUAUGCAUGCGAUGAGGAUGUUUGUCCCGAAUAUACCAAAGACCCACGCAUCAAGGAAGUAGUCACUCUUACUUCGGAUUUGUCAAGAAAGAACCUCGAAAAGGACUUUGAAAGAAUGGACACUCCACAGGGCACAUUCUACAGAGUGUACUUCGAUAUUUACCUGACAUUGGAUGGGUCCGAGUUUAAUGCCGAAUUGUCUGGAUAUCACCUGGACAACAAGGACGGUCUCAACUUCAAGAGUGGAAGCAUGGCAAUCAAGAGGAACGUAAAGAGAAAAGAGAAAUGGGUGAUUUAA